ACUUAAAUGUCGAAAUUUGUUUCUUCACCAAGAUUUCAAUGGCAGAAGAAUGUAAUAUCUUUGUAGGCAAGAAGAAAUCGGCCAAUCCAUUAACCUCUUAACUCUGCAUGGCUCGCCCCUAUCUCGUUAUAGGAGAAGCGUUCUAGGGUUUCUACGGCGCGAACUUCUGCAGCUCGAGUAAUCGGUGAGUAGUGCUUGGGAGUCAUAGCUGCUCCUCCAAGCCUCCGAGAUGCCUAUUUACAAAAUCAGGGGAAUCAAUGUCGAUUUCCCUUAUGACGCGUAUGAUUGUCAACUCGUCUACAUGGAAAAGGUCAUGCAAUCUUUGCAGGAGGGUUGUAAUGCAUUAUUGGAGAGUCCAACAGGGACAGGAAAAACUCUUUGCCUAUUAUGUGCCACACUAGCCUGGAGAAACAUUGGCGACUUUUCAUUGAAAGUUGAUGAAGGGCAAAACUGUUUUUCUGGAAGCCAACUAUCUGAUAAUCAAUCAACAGAAGUUCCAAAAUCUAAAUUCCCUAUCAUCAUAUAUAGUUCUCGCACUCAUAGCCAGCUGAAACAAGUUAUUCGGGAACUAAAAACAACCAACUACAGGCCUCGCAUGGGGGUAUUAGGUUCUCGAGAACAGAUGUGCAUUCGUGAUGAUGUUAGGCAGCUUCGUGGUAGAGCACAAAACGUUGCCUGCCAUACGCUUUGCAAAAGAAGGAAGUGUCGCCAUCACCUUAAUGUUUCUGAGUUCAUGAAAAAUCAUCAAGAUAUUGGAAAUGAUCCUUUCGACAUAGAGGAUUUGGUUAAGAUUGGAAGGACAAAAGAUGCAUGCCCCUACUACAUAAGCCGUGAGCUUCACAAGGUUGUUGAUAUUUUGUUUGCACCAUACAACUAUCUUAUUGAUCCUGGAAAUCGGAGUUCUUUAUCUGGCAUCUCAUGGAGCAAUGCUGUGCUUAUUUUUGAUGAAGCUCACAACCUGGAUAGCAUAUGCGCUGAUGCAGCUUCAUUUGACUUGCCUUCCAGUUAUCUGACUGCUUGUAUAGCUGAAGCAAAAGAAUGCAUUGACCUUUGCAUUGAGAAGAGGGCACUUGAAAGAGCAACUGAUAAACGGCAUGAUCCAGAAACCUAUUCUAUACUUAGAGGUGUAACUUGUUAUAAUCAAAAUUAGAAGAAAUAAAAAUGUAUACUGUAGAGUUAUGCAACCAACGAGA